AUGGACGCCCAAGCCUACCUUCUCCGCCACGGCUGGUCCGGCCCCGGCAACCCCCUCAACCCGAACCGCCGCCCCGGCACACACGGCGGUCUGGGCCUGACGAGGCCGAUUCUCGUUGCGCGACGCCAAGGCAACCAAGGCGUGGGGAAGAAGACCACCAAGGAUCCCACGAAUCAAUGGUGGUUGCGGGGUUUCGAGGACGCGCUGAAGGGCGUGGGCGAUGAGAACAAGAGUGCGGGGGAUGCGAAGCGCACGCCGAAUGCGUUGACGAGUGAGCUGUAUCGGUAUUUUGUGAGGGGGGAGACGGUUCCUGGGACGCUGGGGAAUAAAGACAAGAAGGAGGACGGGGAAAGUAGGAAGAGGAAGGCUGGGGAGGAUGAUGAGGAUGCUGAUGGGAAGAAGAAGCGGAAGAAGGGGGAGGAGACUAAGGAGGAGAGACGGGUGAGGAGGGAGGAGAAGAGGAAGAGGAAGGAGGAGAGGGCGAAGAGAAGAGAGGAGAGGAAGAAGAGGAGGGAGGCGAAGGAGGCUAGGAGGGCGGAGAGGAGGGAGAAGAAGGAGAAGAAGAGGUUGGUGAAGGAGGAGAAGAAGAAGAGGAAGGCUGGUCCAGAGAAUGAGUAUCCCACGCCGCCGGAGACGGAGGUGGAACAGACGGAGUCAAGCGGAAGGGAUGAGUCGGUGGAAAAAGUGAAGAAGGUGAAGAAGGACAAGAAGGAGAAGAAAACGAAGCGAGAGAUUUCUACGUCUGAUGACGAGUCAAAGAAAAAGAAGUCGAAAAAGUCCAAGGAUGAGACGGUGUCCUCGAAGUGA